AUGGCUCUUAUGCUCGCACCCUACAACAGCGCCAUGCGCUUGGGCAUGGGCUUCAAUUCCUAUACCCAGUCCCUCUGCGUCAAUGAUGUUGUUCGGAAGCCUGGAAGCGUACCAGCUACCGAAAAUGACUUGCGAGCCGCAAAGUUGACUGGCAAGGCAGAUGCUGCCAACACGUCACCCAAGCAACUGACUGCAGGCAGCUCGCAACAGCAAUACCCUCAGGCUGUCCUAGAUGGGGCCAAUGGUAGUGUGACAAGAACCUUUACAGAUGGACAAAAGGAAGUCAGUCAGGUCGUCACUUGGACUGCAGAAUUCAUUGAAAACAGCUCAGAUGUACUCAAAAAGCUGGAAGUGAGCGGUGCACUGAGUAUCAAAAUGGCUGGUCUCGGUUCACUCUCUGGCAAGGCGUCGUUUGUUGACUCAAGCGACAUCAGAACAGCUGAUAUAAAUUACCUCAUCCAUGUCAAGGUUGUGAACCAACGUUUAAUCGGUGAUAAUAUCACAGAGUUCACCCCAAUCCCGUACAUCUCAGAGGGGCAAUUCACUGAAAUAUAUGGAGACUGCUUUGUCUCAGGGUUUAUUGAGGGUGGUGAGUUUGACGCCAUCGUUUCCAUCACCACUGCCGAUACCCUGAAGAAGAUGCAUAUUGGCGGCGGACUUGAGCUGUCUGCAGUUAUUAGCGGCAUUGAAGUUUCGGGAAAGGUCGAGGGCGCAAAGGAUGACAAUUCAACACUGAAGAAUGCCAAAACUAAUAUUAAAGUCACCUGGUCUGGCGGUGGUGAUAUUCGAGAUGACAACAUCAAGGAAUGGAACUUACAAACCUUGAAGGAGGUUGCUAUGAGUUUUCCGGAUGCUGUAGCAGCCUGUGACGCUAUCUUGACCAAGUAUACUUCUUUGCGAAGUUUCCAUGAACAAAUCAGAAAGGGGUCACCCCUGGAUUAUGAGAAUGCUGGCGUUUAUACGGCAGCUUUAUAUGAUGCAUAUACUGACUACAAAAUGAUAUGGGGCGAAAUCCAGAUUAUGAUUCAGAAACUGAACUUGCAAGAGAUUCAAUUAUACAUUAGAGAAGCUUCUCCUAGCCUGAAAAGGUAUGCUGCCAUGAUCGCCGAAACUCAACUGAAGAAAGAAGCAGCCUAUAAAACUGCUAUCGAGGAAAGGAAAGCCAAUGAAGAUUUAAAUGCGUUGGUGCGCAUGGCGGGAGGAAAUCAGCAGCCCGCAAAGCCAAUUGACAAGCCACUGCCAGCAAAUGCUGUUCAACCUUACGAUCCUGAUGUAUUUGGGUUGGAGGUCGCGGCUAGUGAUUGCCGAUUCGAGAUGAUCAAGAUUGUUCGAGAGGUGGACGCGGUCACAAGAGAUCCCCAAGUGGCCUGUGAUCCUUCCCGUACUGGUCAAUAUCUGAGCCCCAGCGUGUUUAGAUUGCUCGUCCCAUCUACGAAUGAUAUUCGUUUACCUACUCUGGAGGAAUGGCAGGGUACACAGCAGGAGCUCAAGGACUCUCAGAAAGCGGCGAAAGAGAAGAGUGACCAUAUCAAUGAACUGAAAAAGAAAUUGGAAGCUACUCUAAUUACGCCCAGGAGACACGAGACCCAGGAAAAUAGCAAUCUUGUUGCUAAUUCCGCCAAUGACACUCCUGAGAUGCACCCCAGUACCAGAAGUUCCGUAUCACAACUCUCUUACAGGGCAGAUGAGUACCGAAUGCAGAGCUUAUUGAAAGACAAGAACAGUAUUUCAACUGGCGCUACAUUCUUCAAUGAUUUGGAACAUUUGGAGCCCGGUGCCAGGCCUAGCGAGCUGAGACUGUGGCGAACUGAUAAAAUCGAAGGCCUCAGUAUCGUCUACACAACAAGCAAAGAAAUAUCUCACGGGAGGAGGGAGGGCAACCCUCAACAUGUGCUGCAGCUUGAAUACGACGAGGUCAUUACCGAGCUCGAAGUAUACAUCUUCAAGGGCGACGAGAACAAGCUAUCCGUCCAAGGCAUGGCUGUGGCAACAUCAAAGUGCAACAUCCUUACAAGCGGUGCUAAAGCUGGUUGCACAGUCCACAGUUUCUCGCUGACAGAUCUCCGCCAAUGGUCAUUCCGUGGAUUCUUCGGCUUCACGUUUGACGAUGGCUUUGAAGAUUUGGGCAUCGUCUGGGGCAAGGAUAUACUCAAGGUAGCUACUGCUACAGUCCAAGCACCCACAGCCAAAAAUUUCCUUGGGCUGGGCCCGUCGCUUCAGGAAAAGACAAAGCAGGCCUUGUCUGGAACCAGUCCUGCGGAGCACUUCUACUUGGGCGAUUGUGUCAGCACUGAAUCUCAACCUACACCGACUGGAAGUAAUAGCUUCAGUGCACUGGACACGAUUGUUGGAACCUCAAAGAUCACCAAGCUUUCUUUCAGCGCCUCGGCAGGUAGACUUAGCGGCCUCAAGGUUGAGUAUAGCGACAGCAAGCAACUAGUCCAUGGUGCCUAUACCGAGGAGAGAGAAGUCUGGAACUGCCAGUUGAGGGGUCCUAUCAUCGCGGCCAAGGUGACCUCGGGUAAAACCCUGGCCGUACCUGAGCCGUUCAUAGAUACUGUUGAAUUGGUCUGUGGCGAUGAGACUGGCCAACUACCCUUGUGGCCACUGGAUGUGUCUACAAUUCGGUAUCUUGGUGACCACACUGAAGAGGACAGACUGGAAGUUGUCUCUAAGCUGGUAGAGCAGGCACCAACCCUUAACCGCGCGAAUUGGACUCUACGCGGCUUCUACGGCGAGGAGAGUGCCGGGCUGAUUACUAGGUUAGGACUGAUUUGGGGAUGCGCAUGA